CUUCUGCCUUGCUGUCUGCCUUCAGCCAGCCCACCCUGUCCUUCGAUCAAGUGCCUACUCUCCUGGACAGAAGGCCAGGGGUUCUCAAAGUCUACAUUCAAAGGUCCAAAUCUGAAUUUUCAUCAAUGACAAAGGUCCGGAACUAUUGAUGCAAAUUCCUGGAGGUGUCAGUGCUUUCCGUCCAUGCAGUGAACUAAUGCACACCUGAAUGAGCACGGAUUUCUAGCGCAUUUACUUGAAGCACAGAAGAGGACUACAUUACAGAUGUCCCCUACCCAGCUGUGAGAAUCAGAGCAGGUGGUCUUGAUGGAAUGAGCUUGGAGACUGAGGGUUAUGUCCCCACUAAAGAAAGCCCACUCAAAAGAUUCCUGAAGCCGCAUGGCUGGCACCACCUCAACCAGCAUGGCCAUGGAAAAGGCAAGAGAAAGCUGCUCCAGUCUCCCAUCCUCGGGCCCUACUCCCCUCUAAGCGUGGCCUACAAUGGUAAGACCUGCAUCCUGUUCAAAGCCAAGCGCUUGGCAGUCCGCUACAAGAAUCAUACCUUUAUAGACUUGACGGAGAAGACCUUUGGACCCAAUGCCCCUGUGGACACGAAGGGAUCCAUCUGCACCAAGGAGAAGGCUACGCUCUCGCUAAAAUUUGGAGAUGUAGAGGACCUUAGGGGACUUGUUAUCAGGCUGCAGAUGUCCAACACAUUUUACGAGUCGGCAGGGCAAAACUGGUUCACAUUAGACAGCGUCCAUAUUCACUACAACUGGACCCACGAAGCUACAUUCAACGCCAGCGAGGUGUACGCACCCGCCACUUCCUCCUACCACUGCCAGCAUGUCAGCAGUCAGCACAAAUAUGACACUCUCCUGGUGCCCAGCUCACACACCGACACAUCAGCUAACUGGCACAUCACUUUCACUGACUUCCAGAUCCAGGCGUUCAAUGUCAUGUCUGAUAAGUUUGCGUCAGCCAGUGACUGUGCUACCUUCCUGACUCCAGCCAUUCUAAUGGGCCUGGUGACAUCUCUGAUUUUGCUGUUGGUCCUGGCCUAUGCUUUGCACAUGGUGGUUCAUCUCAAACACAUUGACCGCUAUGAGGAACACAAAGCUAUGGUGUACUUUCCACGUAGGCUAAGCAAAGCUCUAGAACGCAGAGCCUCACAGCAGUCUGAGUUACCUGACAAGAACUGCCUGUGAGGGAGAGGAAGAGAGGAGAAGAUAGAGUGGGUGGUGAAUGAAAGAGGGAAAACAGCUGUGUUGAAACCACUGGGUUCUUCAUGUUUCCAAAGGUUUGUUUAAUAGUGACAACUACUGUACUUUGACUUAUUGGCUUUUGCUUGGUCUCCAUAUAGAAGACCAACAUGUUGACAUGUUAUCACUACUAAGCUAUCACAUUUUUUGGGACAUUACAACUAUUUGUCUACCCUCCUUCCUUCUUUCAUUGACCAAAACAAUCACAUUCAUCGCCUAUGCAAGGUUAUUGGAUGUUAAACCCUCUUGACAAUGGGGUUAGAGGUCAGGAAGUGACCAGGGGCUCUGGAGGGUCCAGAGGCUUUGACAACAGCUAGACGCUGAAACACACGAUUCAACAGUUAAAGACUGCAGCUAACUUUACCAUUAUCCAAGCCUACUAAAGGCCUUUACCCUUGGCAAAACUGGGUUUCUGGUUGUCAACUUUAAUCCCAUCUUCAAUAAUACCAGCAGGAAUCUUUCAUCACAUCUGAUGGCAUAUAAUCUGAAUUAGGUGCACGCUGUCAGAGGUUGAAUCAGGUGGUCUAGUACUAGCACAGUGUUUCUGAAAUGGUGUGUGAGGACCUACAGGUAAAUCAAAUACAGAUCAAGUUAAGAUAGUACUUGAGCUUGAAACUUAAAAAGUUUUUUGUGGGUCAUGGCACAAAACUAUUUGAGAACCACUGGUUCAGCACCUGGCUGGAGUGAUCUGAAUUGCGGGCUCCUCCUGAAUCUCUGGGGUUACUCACUCUAACCCUGGUGUAGACUUUUGGGACUUACUGUGAAAUGGACCUUGAACGGACCAGUCGCCAAUCUGAGACAGUCUACUAACUAGCACAAUAUGGGUUUGCUUGGCAGUUGCUAAUGGUUAACUCAACACUAAAGACUAAACAAGGAAAUAAGUUGCACAAAGAAUGCCCUUUUGAGGGAAACAAGACUCACUGAGUCUACGCAGUGUGCCCUGCAGAAAUUAGUUGUUAUGCCUUCCCCAAUAUGUUAAGAGAUUGUCAUAGUCCCCAUCCUUAGGAUGUCCUGAGUGGUCAAGAGAGAUAAAGGAGAUGCAUACCACAAAGAUGGGUUUUGGACUGCCAAAGUAAAGCUAAUGGAUUUUCCAUAACACAUGAUGAAGGAGAGACUAUGACAAUGUGAACUUGUGAAGUACAGUUACAAUGUAAAAACACAAAACACUCAAAUGUACAGAUGUAUCUCUCAGCUGAAGUCUUUUUUAUAUGCAGUUUAAUCAAUAAAUUAUAUUAGGUACAGGAAGGCUAUUCUACUAAUAAUCACAAGGAUAUACAGGACAAUGCUGUAGAUUUAUUAAGGUCUGUAUACUGUAUGAGCAUAGCUGUUUACUAUCGUUAGAUACAUACCAGUUAAGCACUGAGCUAUGAGAAUGGGUGAAAGGAUCAAUGCAUACUGAUUUUUUCUACAGUAUUACCAUAUUACAUUGUCUUAUAUUUGUCUUGAAAUGGACCAAACAUGACGCUAUAGAAGUUGACACAGUCAAGUUUAAAGGUAGACUCAACAAUAUGGCAUUAUUAUUAACAGUGGGGCAAAUUCAUGGUUAGGGCAUUUGACUAGUCUCCAAAUGGUACCUGGUUCUAAUGCCGCAACUGCCAGUCAACACAAUGUCGUUCUGUCCCCAAGCAAGACACAUAACUGUAAUUACUCCUCAUCCUGUAACAUUCACUCCAGGUCAUUGAUGUAAAUAUGAAUUGGUUCUCUAUCGACUUGCCUGGUUAAAUAAUAGUACAGAAAAUAUAUUAAAAGACACAAUAAUCCACAGUUUUCACAUCUGCCAAUAUUUUUAUUAUUGGUUCCAGUCUUGGCAGCAUAAUACUGUGUGUUGGUGUCGAUUUCUGAACACAGAAUUUCUCAAACAUUGUGUAUCAAGACUGUUAUAAUGCUGAGUCUACCUGGGACUCAACUGGGAUAUUCCAAAGCAAAUGUAAACAUAGGGAUGAUACAUAUGGAAUGCCGUCGGUCCACAGGUACAUAAAGGCCAUUAUACUCCAGAGACAAAACUAUCAACCAGUAACAGCAUCCAUGACACUAUUACAGAAUAACACUCAGCAUGUAAGUAGAGAUCUUACAGUACAUUCGAUAUGGCAGUUCUGUCAGUCUGUAGGAGUGUAAAAUGUGUACUUUGGUCAUAAAUGUAUACUACAAACGAUGAGUCCAGUGAAGGAUGUUUUUUCACUGACAAACGUAUGUAGUUUAAUCAAUAAACAAUAAUCAAAGGAAA